UUACACUCAAUGCAUACUUAUAUUACAUACAUACACACAUACCAAUUAAGCGCUCUUAUUUUAAUCAUUUUGCCUAUUACUUAUAUUCGUUUCUAAUUUACUGUAACAUCUUGUACAUACAUUUUUGCUAUAUAAGGUCCUACUCAACUUAUGUAUAUUACCAUUAGAAAAAAUACACUAGCGAAAUAAAGUGAAUUCGAAGUCAAGACAAAUCAGUCUUCCGACUCUUAACAUUGGUGACCCCGACGUGAUCAUACAUUUGAUACGUCGUACAAACAAAACAAAAACAAAAAACAAAAAACUAAUAAGCAAACGUUGUUGCUCAUCUUAAGUACCGUGUGCUUAAGUACAUUCACCUGCAUAACCGUUGCAUACACGGUCAGCUACCUUGGCCUACCGGACUUGCAUUUACUUUUGCAGCUGUAAACUCACGCCAUCCUACCGCUAACUUAGUACUGUAUACCGCAUACAGUUGGGAAUUUUUGUAAUCGCUAUCAAAGGCACUGUGAAAAUGUCAAGGAAUGAAGACUCUCUAUCCGCACGACCAGGAUGGUUCCUGAAAAGGAAAAGUGAAGCUAUUUUUAGGCAAAUGGAAUCCAUGCAUCGUCUCGCAACAACCGAAGCCCUACGCUCACUGGAUCAUGUAGAUCUCACGUUGAAAUUGGAACUAGUAGACAACAUACGGAGUAAUUUUGAGCUCACACAAAACCGCCUGGAAGAAGAAGAUCCUGACGAAUUAGACACUGAUGCUCGACAGCAGUUCUUGAACAUAUUUAUUUCAGUCAAAGGCGCCAUCACUCGCGAGCUGCAGUCCAACCGCUUAGAUAGCCAUUUACAUUCAACCACACGCAAUUUUUCGCCUCAGGACUCGCAAUCUGUGGUUGUUCUUAAGCAACCAAAAUCUUGUUUACCGGAACUGAAGUUGCCAACGUUUAGAGGCAACUACUCAGAUUGGCCACAAUUUUUCUCCAUGUUUCGCACCAUAAUUGACCGAGAAGCUGAAUUAACUAAAGUGGAAAAACUCCAACAUCUCCGCUCAUGCCUUGCAGAUGCCGCGUUGGACACCAUAAAGUCCUUAGAAAUUCGCGAAUUUAACUAUGAUAAAGCUCUUGAAUUACUAAAUAACCGAUUCGAUAACAAGCGUUUAAUUUUUCAGGCACAUAUCCGUGAGUUAUUUGGACUAGAAAGUGUCGAAGGAAAGGUGGCAACAAAUCUCCGGCGGUUAACGGAUAAAUUUUUGUCACAUAUUCGUGCAUUACAGACUUUAGGCAGCAUAGAACAAUUGGCCGACAGCUUGCUGAUACACAUCGUUAUGCAGAAACUUGACUCCACUACUCAAAACAUGUGGGAGGAAAAAGUGUCAUCCAAUGAGCUACCCACUUGGGAAGGCAUGGCGUUGUUCCUAGAAAAAAGGUGUCAAACUCUGGAGAAUGUUGCGUUUGCUACGCUCGGUAAGACUCCAACCAAACAGGUGAGCAAAUAUGUGAAUCGCAACAAGUCUUUUGUGGUCUCGAAGCCUGCGCAAAGGUCAUGUGUGUUUUGCAAGCACCUUGAUCACCUCAUUUAUACUUGCCCGUCAUUUGCGAAACUCUCCCCAAGCGAGCGCUGGAAAGAGGCAAAAAUUGCUGAACUUUGCCUGAACUGUCUUAAGCUUGGACAUCGAUUACAACAAUGCAAAUCCACUCACUGUUUUCGUUGUAAAGGUGCUCAUCACACCCUUUUACAUAAGGAUAUUCCAGAGCAACCCAUCCAAAAUGCCUCAUCGGCAGAAAAGUUUCUUCAACCAGGAUCAGCAGCAUCUUUGGUUUCCAUGGCGCCUCCAUGCAUAUCAAACGAGCACUCAAGCAUUAAACCAAACGAAUCCGUACUACUAGCUACCGCAACGGUGUUUGUAAAAAACAGUGUUGGAUGUUUUAUCCCCUGUCGUGCUAUUUUAGACUCAGCUUCGCAACUAAAUUUCGUUACGAGCAGGUUAUCCAACCAACUACAGUUGAAGAAAUCGAAGUUCCCAGUAGCAGUUUCGGGAAUUGGAGACUCAGAUACAACAAGCAUCCUGAUGAUCUUGCAGUUCUUACGCCGGGACAUUUUUUGAUUGGCGGCCCUUUCACAGCUACAGUAGAACCAGACAUCACUGAUCUGAAUAUUAACAGGCUCAGUCGUUGGCAGCGAAUUU